UUCUUUUUCUUGUUCAUUUUACGGGCCAUACAGCAAAGGGACUGUAAAGACAAUCGUGAAAAACCCUAGGUCGAGAUGGCGGCUAGAAAUGCAAUCCUCAAACACUUGAGAAUCAACGUGCUUUCUGCUCGAACCUUGAACCCCAGACUCUCCUUCACUGAUCUUAUUCGCCGUCAUUUCUCCGAGGAAGUGAGGGGCUCGUUUCUCGAUAAAUCUGAAGUCGCCGAUCGUGUCGUUUCUGUUGUCAAAAACUUCCAGAAAAUCGACCCUUCUAAGGUUACAGUGAAUGCCCAUUUCCAGAAUGAUCUUGGUUUAGAUAGUUUGGAUACAGUGGAAAUUGUCAUGGCACUGGAAGAAGAAUUUGGUUUUGAGAUACCUGACAAUGAAGCAGACAAGAUAAGCUCUGUCAAUCUUGCUGUUGAUUUCAUUGCAUCCCACCCUCAGGCAAAAUAGGAAAACAAACCGCUACUUUUAUCACUUACACCCGCAAAGUAGCUGCAUAAAAACACUGUUUAAUCUUUCUUGGGCUAUUUUUCAUUUGUUUCAGAUUUGGGGGUUGUAUUUUGAGUAUUCUCUGGCUUUACUGCUUUUGUCAUAAUUCCAGAUGGUGGAAACUACUAAAUAUUAAAAAGUUAAUUAUUUAAAUUAGUUUUGUGUUUUUUUAA